CGGGAACCGGAAACGGGAACCGGGAAGCCACGGAGGCUGUUGUUGAACAGCAAGGCUCGGGGCCUGCUCUGUGACCCAUAGUUAGAGGGGAGCCUGCAGGGAUCAGCCUGUUCCUUCUGAGCUGAGACAGCACAGCAAUACCAGCACAACCCCCCCGCCCAAAGGGAAAAGUUGCUGCGAUAAGUCAAGGUUAAAUUCGAUCUUUGGGAGAGGGAAUAAGGAUAAAAUUCCAAAUGGCCACGCUUGGUGCCAUUACAUUCCUGGGCUAAUUUACACUGAAACCAGGGCCUCUUAGCAGAGUACUCCAAGCAGAACUGCUCUGAAGUCUUCAGGAGUCUCAAGAGAACUGCACUGAGAGCCAUUUCCCCACAUCCAUAUCAGGUAGCUUAAAGAUGGAUGCUCCUAAAGAAGCUCAGCCUACAGGAGAGUUCGAGUGUCAGCUCUGUGGGUUAACAGCUCCCUACACGUACUACGGGCCGAGGCCGCCAAACUCACGCUCUGUCAUGGUUUUGGAAGAAGCCUAUGUCAUGAAGGAUCCUUUCACCCCUGACAAGGACAAAUUCCUCAUCCUUGGCUCUCAUUGCAGUUUGUGUAGCAGAUCAGUGUGUGUUGGUACAGAAUGUAGUCUGUUCUACUCCAAAAGGUUCUGUCUCCCCUGUGUGAAGGAAAACAUAAAGGCCUUUCCUUUGGAAAUACAAGAAGACAUGGAUAAAAGGAAGCCCCAGCAGAAAUCCUCCAAAAAAACACAUACAAAACAUAAAUCCUGAAGGACCAAGAGUGACAGUUCUUUGGCUGGGGUUUCUCCUCUCUGUUCAGAGACUAUCAUAUUGCUCCUUUUAAAGAAGUGACCUUCAUCAGCUCACUACUACUGAACAGAGCCCCACAUUUCCUUACCCUGGGUUGCAGCAUCACCGCGCAGCAGCCGCAGGGCCAGCGGAUCGGCUCCCAGGGGUGCAGGAGCUGGGAAGGAAGGCAGACGAGCCUGCUGUCACCAUGGAAAGUGCUUGGAGUGAAAAACCAAACAGCAGAGGAACCAGGUCCAGUUCUACACAUUUGCUACUUUGAUGCUUUGUGUUGUUCUUGACACUCCUACAGUGUUAUGAAAAUCUGAGACACAUUUAACUGGCUUAGUUCAGGAUACAUCCAAGAAAGUCACUAUACACCAGUCGUUAUCUGGCAGUGCUGUGCUGGCAAGACUACAGUAGGCAGGGAAUUUAGAGCUUUAAGUCUAAAAUAAAACUCUCACGAGAAAAUGUCACUGAUACCCAUAGAAAUACCUGAAUUUUUCAAUAUGAUAAUUUUGAUACUAUCGUAGCAUUGAGACUCCUGAAGGUCGGUGCUCCUAUAAUAAAAUACCAAUAAAAAUACUUACAAGUCCCUUGCACUUGCAGUCACUCAACCUUCAGGUCUGUGUCAGGACAGCAACCGGGGAGGACCCUGAACACAUCAAGUUUAUGCUUUACAAUAAAGGUGGCUUCCUUUUCACUUUCACAUCAGUUAAUCUGGACAUAGAAGAGUUCCAUUAAUAAACUCAAUUCUUUCUGAACUGGGCAAUUAAACUGCACCUAAAAUAGGGAUGUCAGAAACAGUUUCAGUUAAAAAAAAGAGUAAAAAGAUGUUACAGAAACAGCAGUUUCUUUAGCUCAAAAGUUAGCUUCUCAGUUAUCUGUUUUGACUGUCUUAAAAGAUGAUUGAGGUGGCUUUUACGUUAAACCACAGUCACACACCCUAAGGAUAUGUUUAGAAAGCUCCCUAAUCACAAAAUCACCUUUUUUACUCAAGUUUUUGUUGGUCAUUGGUUCAGAACCUGUUACUGCAUUGGUUAACAUCUCUUUUUUUUUCAACUCAUCCAUACAUAUAAUUUGUCAUAGGACAAAAUCUAAACCUGAUCAUUUUAGUAGAAUGAACAUGUCUCUGUUAAAAGAAGUCAUCAUUAUUUCAAUGAGUUAUUUUUAGGUAUUAGGACAUUUGAGUGUCCUAAAAUCUUUCUUUUUUCUGGACUUAGUAUUUUGGUGUCCUCUGUUAAAGACUGGAAUUUCUUGCAGUGACUAGAGGAGCAAUAAUGGACCUAUUAGUAGCCUUUUUAAGCUCUAAGUGCUUUAAGACAUAAAAUAUAUAUAUGUCUCUAAUUGUGGGGAAAAAAGAUCCAUGUUAGAAGUCAACAUUUCAGAUACCUUUUUGCAGUGGGUUCCUUUCCUGGAAAUAAAAGAUUAGCACAGAACAUUAAAUUCACUUUUAAAAAUACUUUAUUUUUCUUACAACCAUUAAGGCAAAACCGUAUUUCAAAUUAAGGUUGUUUACAUUCAGUCUGAAAGGAUUACUUUUUUUAAAGCACAUAGGUUCCUACCAGUCUCUAUACAAACACUGUGAAUUCAACCUCUUAUUUUUAAAGAAGACAAAAAAAAUCAGAAUGUAAAAAAGAAAAAAAAUGUUUAGUUCAAGUUUUUUCAUCCUAGAUCAGUAGGCUGGUAAGGUUUGAGAAGUGUCAUUGUAUUUAGCUAAAUGUAACUUUUACAUUCACAAGUGCAAGAUACAUUUUCUUUCCUAAAAAUCCCUGUGAGACCAGAGCUUUCAUUUGUCCUUGGAAGUGUCAUUUGCAUUGUUCUGACAGAGAGAAACUUGGGAACUUGGCUUGAAUUAGUGGUUUUUGCUGGGAAACAAGCAUUCCAUGAGAAUUAGCUUUGACUACUCCAUGCAAGAAAUGUCUGCUCUUUCUAAGUUCUGUGUUUACUGUAAUUAAAUGUACCCAAACCUCUAAAAA